ACCGCCUAAGAUAUCGUGUCCUUUCGCCCGAAACACCCCCCGGAAUCGAUAUUGUUGUCUUUGAGCGGUUUAUUUCAAACAGAGCCCGAGCUCAUGGCGCUUCCAGAAUCAGCGCAAGAAGAAAAUGAAAAGGAAGAAGUAGAAGAAGAGAGAUGCCAGUCUCCAGCUUGUCACCCUUGUGCCCCCUCUUCUGAGUUGUUUGAUAUCUCAACCACAGUAGACCCCAGCUAUAUCAUCUCACUGAUACGAAAACUUAUACCACACGAUGUGAGUAACAGAAACAUUCCACAUGGAAUAAAUGAGAGAAAAUCCUUUGUGCAAGAAUCAGGCACUGGUAGCAUAGAAGAAAGUAGUAUGCCUCGUUCUGGAUUUUUGAAUUCCCCAAAAAAUGGAACUGAUGUGAUGGAUAUUGGGAUUGAUUUUGAUGGAAUUGAUAAUCGAAAUGAAGGAGAUGAGACAUCCUCCCAUAAUUCUGAACAACCUGGGGAAUCAGCAGGUGAGGAGGCCUGGGAAGAGUAUGGCUGCAUUUUGUGGGACCUUGCUGCACAUAGAACUCAUGCAGAAUUUAUGGUAGAAAAUCUUUUACUUGAAGUGCUUUUAGCAACUCUUACUGUUUCCAAAUCUGCAAGGGUUACGGAGAUUAGCUUGGGAAUCAUUGGAAACCUGGCCUGUCAUGAAGUUCCAAGAAAACAUAUAAUCUCUAUGAAAGGAUUGGUUGAAACUAUCGUUGAUCAAUUGUUUUUAGAUGACUCUCAGUGCCUUUGUGAAACUUGCAGGUUAUUAACUUUGGGUCUUCGAGGUAGUGGAGCUGUUACUUGGGCUGGAGCAUUGCACCCUGAACAUAUCCUCUGCCGUAUUUUAUGGAUUGCAGAAAAUACAUUAAAUCCUCAACUACUAGAAAAGACCCUAGAGCUAUUGUCAGCCAUCUUAAAUGAUCAACAAGAAGUCACACAAAUUCUUCUUCAACCUUUGAUGGAAUUGAAUUUGCCAGCUCUUCUGAUUAAUCUGUUGGCAUUUGAGGUGAAUAGGUUAACUGGGGAGCGAACACCUGACAGGUAUUCUGUUAUUGAAACCAUUCUUCGCACAAUUGAAGCUCUUUCUGCUGCUGACAAUUAUUCACAAGUGGUCUCUUCAAAUAAGGAGCUUUUCAGACUAGUUUAUGGUUUAGUCACACUUCCUGAUAAAGCUGAGAUAGCCAGCUCUUGUGUUACUGCUGUAGUCUUGGUUGCAAAUAUUUUGACUGAUGCCCCUAGUCUGACUUCAGAGAUUUCACAAGAUAUUUCCUUUUUACAGGGCCUUCUAGAGAUUCUUCCUUUUGUUUCUGAUGAUCCAGAGGCACGGAGUGCACUCUGGAGUGUCUUGGCAAGGAUAUUAAGUGAAGUUCAAGAAGAUGAGAUGAGUCCCACAACUCUACAUAGCUACGUAUUGAAUCUAGUAGACCAUUUGGAUUUUAUCGAAGAAGAUCUCAUUGAUCACCAGUCGGAGGAUUUAGCUGGAGAUGAUAAGAGGCUAACUACUGUUCUGAAAACAAACAUGACCAAAUCUCUUAGCAGGGUGCAGAGUAUUUUGAAUCGGUGGACUACCACAAAGGGUGAUGUUUCAAGAGAGAAUUCGAUAAGAGAUGACCAUGUGGAUGAAAGAAAAAUUAAUAAACUGCUACACUUCUGUCAUAAAUACAUUACACGAGUAUAGUGCUCAAUGUUUUCAUCUUCCCAUGUAAUCUGUUUUUGCUACACACAAACCACUAUAAAAUAGAAAUCUCUCUCUCUCUCUCUCUC